AUGGUGAACUGUCAAGCGGGUAAAGGUGUGUGCUGUUUGCUCGUGACUGAUGCCCAGAAUGACUUCUGUGAGGGCGCCUUGGCAGCACCGGCGGGUCUGGCUGUAGUGCGGAGGAUAGGUGAAGCGUUGCGCCAUGCAAGAAAACAGGGCCAGAAAACAGUUGGGCGCUAUUCUAGCGGGGAGGGCUCGGCAUGUGAGUCAGGAUGCAUAACCGAAGUUGAUUGCUGUAAGGAAAUAACGAGCAAGCAAAUGUUGCAGGCAAUUACGUCUGCUUCGACAGAUGCAAAUGGGACUAGACAAGAGGACAUAUCAAGAAAUUUGUGGGACAUUGUCAUAUUCUCUCUCGACUGGCACCCUUCUAACCACGUCUCAUUUUUGAGCUCGCAUUCGAAAGAAUGCAUUCGUAGUAUUUGCGCUUGUGGUAAUGCCAGCCUGCCUCAUGCUGCUGCGCAGCAAGCCGCGGGAGCAGCAGUCAAAAAAGCCAUGACUUCCCUUGAUCCGGACGCGAACUGGACUGUGGUCUCCUCGGCGUCGUCUUCAGAGGCUUCGGCUGCUACAAUCUGCCGUCUCUGGCCUACUCACUGCGUACAAGGCACGCAUGGCUCGAAACUCCAUGGUGCUGUACAUGCAGACUUGGGAGAUUUCGUGGUUUUUAAGGGCAGUGACACUUCCGCUGAAUGCUUCUCCGCCUGUGGGGCUGAGAGCGCUCCAACCGGUUUAGUGCCGUUGCUGCGUUCAAAAGCAGUGGAAACGGUCGCAGUGUGCGGGUUUUGCCUGGAGUUUUGUGUCGCUGAAACAGCGGUCAGUUUGCGGGCUGCGGGUUUUCCGAAUGUGGUCGUAUUAACAGACCUGACUGCGGCAAUAUUUGAAGAGAAGCAACGUGAAACCCUCGAGUACCUCAAUUCUCAGGGAGUCAGAUGCCUGACUCUAGAAACGUUCGCGACGGAACGAACCCUCUUUUCUAUUGAUUUGCCCUCCUCCGAAUAA